UGCUGGACAAUCUAAAACACCAUAAAUUUUAUUUGUACAAUUACGUAGUAAACUCAAUUAAUUCUAGAAUUUGUCCCUUCUAUUAAUACAUUUAUAUUAGAAUUAACAAAUAGUAUUGUCAACUUGUAUAUGUUCUAUCAGUAGACAUGGACUUAGCCAAGUUGGUUAUAGCAGUUGUGCUUCUAAUUCUACACUCGAGUUCGAAUCCCCAUCCCCUUAGUUUGGAUUAGAUUAAAGUAGAAUAUCGCGUGUAUAAAAUAAAAAAAACAAAAAAAAAACUUGUAUAUAUUCUAUUAUAGCUAACCAAUAUUAUAACUUAUAUAACAACUGAAAAUGCACGGGGUGAUGUUGGGAAGGAUGGCACAACAUCAAGCUUGAUCAUUUAGGGAUAAUUAUAGGGCUUGUGAUAAAUAAAGUUGUAAGUUUUUUAGUUUUCUUCCAAAAAGAAAUUAACUAAAUCGUAAUCCAAGUUGGAUUUGGUUAAUUAGUUAAAUCUUAAUGUCGUGGUGGCAUAUGUCACAUAAUUUGAAAAUCAAAUUUAGUGUUUCUAGCAUUAUUAAAUGUAUGUAUUGAUAGCGAAUUUGUUACAUGGCAAAAAAUGAAAACGGAGCGUAUAAGGAACACUCGCGGGAACCGGUUUAGAGGGAAAAAUAGCAAUUGUUUCAUCAUUUAAAAAUAACAUCCAUAUUCCAAGAACUACACCAGUCUGUGAGAUAUCUGGGAUUGAGAUCUCAGAGGUAGACCUUAUUCUGCAUUUCCAUAUAAACUACAUAGCCUUAUCCUUUUGCAAGACGUUAAAUUAGAGGAAGAUGCACGCUGUACCAAAAAUAAAUGUUAAAAUAGGGGAGGUUGGUGUGUCAGCGAAAGCGUUACCAACUUCUUCAGGCUCAGUAUACUCGAGCUUAUCUUCAUAAUCUUCUACACUCUUCGACAUCUCUUCUUCCAGCUCGAUAUUGCCCUGCUAUUUCUUUUUGCUCUCUCUCUCUCUCUCUCUCUCUCUCUCUCUCUCUCUCUCUCUCAUACCUAAUCACAGUGUCUCUAGAUCAAGCAGGUUUGUGUCAAAAUCCACCUAGCCCUAGAUCGGCUCACCCUCUAUCAGCUUUCUCCAAAUCAAGGGUUCCAGCCGGACAAAAUAAAAAAUUAAGGACAAUGCCGGUUAAGAAGUUCAAGCAACACAUACCUGAAGAAAUGACACUCAGAAUUCUCCACAGGCUUCCACUAAAAUCCUUAAUCAGAUUCAGCUGCGUUUCAAAACAGUGGCUUUCGACAAUGAUCCGGAGUUUGCCAAAACCCACUACAAUCUAGCGAGAGAGCAGCAAACCCUCAGCCACAGACUCCUCGUUUCCACCCAGACCUCCGGACUCGAAUCAAUAGACUUGGAAACAAGGUCGUUUGGAGACAAUUCUGGGGUUAGAAGGCUGAGCUCCCCAUUCAAUGAACCGGGCCAUUUACGUUUUCUGGGAUCGUGCAAUGGUUUGGUCUUUGUAUUGUUAGAGUAUAGUGCUUUAGAUUGUGACACUUGUCAUAAUCUUACUGUAGUAGUUAGUUUGUUUGUUAUCUGUAGCUAUAUAGAAGACUUUCUCAUGUAAUUACAAUGCUAUUAAGAAAAUAUAUCAGAUUGUUCUCUCUAGCUUCUCUCUCUAGCUUCUCUCUCUCUCUCUGCUCUUGAUUCAAUAUACAAGAUUACAGUAUAUGUUUGAUCAGCUGAUAUAGAUUAACAUGGUAUCAAUCGCCAUUGUUGCUUACGCUUGAAGUUUUUUCGAUCCUCUGUUACUUCCGCAUUCUCUGAUUCGGCUCGUUGUCUUUCUCCGAUUCGAUACUUGGUCUUCUCCACUUUCUGCUUUCUGAAAUUUCUAGGGUUUCGUGUUUAUAUUCCGUUCUUGAUCGGUCCUUUUGUUGUAUUGUCUCACUCACGAGUUGAUCUUGCAAUCCCGAUGGUGACUGCUUCGCAACUUCAGUUGCUUCAAUCUCCAAUUACGGCCCUUAUUUCCUCCAUCUCUACGUCUGUUAAUGUCAGGCUGGAUGAUUCGAACUACCUCAAUUGGAACUUUCAGAUGCAACUGUUGCUUGAUAGCAAUGGAAUCAUGGGGUAUGUUGAUGGUUCGAUCCCUUGCCCAUCUCAACACGGUUCGACCUCUGAUGAAUCUGGUAUCAUUUCUUCUUCUCCAACUGAUGAAUAUAUAGUAUGGAAAAUGCAUGAUAGAGCUAUUAUGCAAUUGAUCACUGCAACAUUGUCACCUAUUGCUAUGUCCUGUGCGAUUGGUAGCACUAGCUCUAAGGAUCUGUGGAUUAGGCUAAAAGAACAAUUUUCCACUGUAUCUCGGACUAGCAUUUUUCAGAUGAAAUCUAAUUUGCAAACAAUUAAAAAGGGUUCUGAUUCGAUAUCUCAAUAUCUUCAUCGCAUUAAAGAAGCUAGGGACUAUCUUUCUGCUGCUGGGGUAUACUUUGCGGAUGAGGACAUUGUCAUUCUUGCCUUGAAUGGACUACCUGCUGAGUAUAACACUUUCCGAUGUGUUAUCCGGGGGCGUGAGAGUGUGAUUUCACUGAAAGAUUUUCGCUCACAGUUACUUGCAGAGGAAAUCAUUGUUGAACAUUCUGUUCAUCCUCCUCUUAUGACAGCUAUGAUUGCUAAUACAGGUUCUACUUUCCCAAAAGGGCCUUCUUUUCAGCCUCAGAAUUUCUCCUCGACUCAUGGUCAAUCUCAGGUGGCCACUAGAGGUUUUACACCUUAUCAUAGACACAAGAACAAGGGUAGAGGCAGAUUCACUCAGGGAUCUAGAUUUUAUAAUUCUAGACCAGUGUUUUCCCCUUUGGCACAUGUGCUUCCCAACUCUAAUCCUGGAGUUCUUGGUCAAUCACCUGGUCAACAAUUUGGAAGUCCUUCUGCGCCCAUGAUUCAAAUAUGUCAAUUAUGCAACUCUGAGGGACACACUGCACCAUUCUGUGGGGCUUCUCAUGAGAAAACCACUUGUCACAUCUGUGGUAGAAGUAAUCAUACCACCUGGUAUUGCUUCUAUAAUGAUAAGGGUCCAAACUAUAUUGGACUGCAUACCACUGCUUCAUAUUCUCCACGGUCAUCCUAUCCUGUGCAACCACAGAAUUUGCAGUAUACUACAUCUCAAGCUCCUCCUCAGCAUUCCUCAUUCACACCUUCACAGUUUCAGGCUCCGCAACCUUCUCUGCAAGCCAUGCACACAGUGCUCAAUUCUGCUUCUCAGUCAUCCUGUUCUUCAGGUUCCUCUCCGGUGUGGCUCACUGAUUCCGGUGCCACCAAUCAUAUGACGGCUGAUUUGACUAAUCUGUCACUGGCCUCACCGUAUCCCACAAAUGAAACAAUUCAUACUGCUAAUGGUGAAGGACAAAGCCACAGGGAGGAUCCUUUACAGAGGCUUGUGCAGUAAUGGACUAUAUCCUAUCCACUCCUUGUCCACUUCAAACUCACAGACGCCUUCUCAAGCUAAGGCAUUUCUUGGCCAACUUGUUCAGUCUAAUCUGUGGCACCAUAGGUUAGGUCAUCCUACCAAUAAUGUCGUUUCUCUUAUGUUGAAUAAAGCUAAUGUCCAUGUCCCCAAAACCUCAUCCCCUAUGAUGUGUCAUACAUGUCUUGAAGGGAAAUUUAGCAAACUACCUUUUCCACAACAUCUCAAUAAGUCUGUAACUCCCUUUGAAACUAUUCAUACUGAUUUGUGGGGUCUUGCACCCUGUAUAUCAGUUGAUGGUUAUCGAUACUACACCAUCUUUGUCGAUGAAUGUACCAGAUAUUGCUGGAUCUUUCCAUUAAUAAACAAGUCUGAUUUGUUCUCUA